AUGAAAUCAAUAAUACAUCGUGCUUAUGAUCGCGUGAUUCUCGAACAACUGCCAAUUGCUAUGAGCUCACCGGACAAUAUUAUUCACCUAGUUUCGCUCACGCACAAUCAAAUGUCUGCGAAAGUUUUCAACGGUCUAACUCGCUACGCGUGGUUUGCCGGCGGCUAUGUCGGCAAACAUCCCGAGAUCGUCAAAACGCUUCAUGAAGCUCGUGAACACUUAUUUCGUGUCAACGAUGAGAUGAUCAUAACUUUUGACUACGGAACCAUGGACACAAAUCCUUUUGACUUCUUACUAGUCCCAUUGAGGUCUGCCUGUGGUCAAAAUAUGAGCGGGGGAAUCAUUUUAGGAAUUUUAUGUGGAAAUGAAUUCCAUCGAUUGAAUCAAAUUGUUACGCAACAGUGUUUUAUCAAAUCUCAAACAAUUGCUCAUCAACAAUUCGUGUUCCAUGUUCUUCUUUCUAAUUCCAGUGGAACCAAUGUGAGUACAGAAAUCUUGUUAUCAACAAAACAUCGUCAUGUAAUUAAUUCAUCUGAUGAAUAUCAAAAUAAUCGUUCUUAUUCGUGUUAUUAUAAAGUUCCAUAUCUGAGAUCGGGUGAAGUUCACUUUGGUUCUCCUUCGAAAACACGAGCAAUUGCUUUUCUUUCUUCUUGUAUUAUUUUGAUAUUCAUCAGUAAUUUCAUGUGUUGUUUCAGUUGUUGUUGUUUUGUUUAUUAUCGAAGCAAAUCUCGACACGAAAAUAACAUUGGUGUUCUUGACAACACGAGCGAAAUCAUACAAACAUCAUCAUCGAGAAGUUUCAACUCAAGAAGAGAUCGACAGGAGGAUCUGUUUUCAUACGAACAAAAUCUUCCUCCUCCUUCAUAUGACGAUGCAAUACAAGGAACAAGUUUAAAACAUCUACGAAGAAAUGUUGAUAAUGUAUUCAAUCGAUGGCCAUUAGGAAGACAAAUGCCAAAUGCAGUUUGA